GAGUCACGGUGAUGGCGGCUACCAUCCUGUGGUGAGCUAGCGGAUUCUCUGCUUGCCUCUCAACGUCCCUCGCGUCUCCUGCAGAUUCCGUAGCCGGCGCACGGCGUGAGAAGAAGCACGGCGGCCCGAGCUCUCGGGGAAGGCCGCAGUCGCGGAGAAGGCGGCGCGGCCCUGGGCCCAGGCUGGCGGACAGGCCGCACCGCUGGGCGAAUGUGACAAGCCCCCACCCCCACCGCCUUCCUCCCCAGAGCGCGAGGAGCGCGGGCGACCCCGGGCCCUGCCAGGCCACAGACCCCGCCCAGCGGCCACCACCCGGCGCAGGCCCGGCAGCGGAGCUGCGCGGCGGCACCAUGCAGGUCACGCUGAAGACCCUUCAGCAGCAGACCUUCAAGAUAGACAUCGACCCAGAGGAGACGGUGAAAGCACUGAAAGAGAAGAUUGAAUCUGAAAAGGGGAAAGAUGCCUUUCCGGUAGCAGGUCAAAAAUUAAUUUAUGCAGGCAAAAUCCUCAAUGAUGAUACUGCUCUAAAAGAAUAUAAAAUUGAUGAGAAAAACUUUGUGGUGGUUAUGGUGACAAAACCCAAAGCAGUAUCAACACCAGCACCAGCUGCAACUCAGCAGUCAAAUCCUGUCACCACCACACAAGUUACUUCCUCCACAGCAACAACUGUGGCUCAGGCCCCAACCCCUGCCCCGGCUCCUGCUUCUCCACCUGCAUCCAUUACUCCAGCAUCAACAACAACAUCUGCUGAACCUGCACCUGCUAGUGCAACUAAACAAGAGAAACCUGCAGAAAAGCCAGCUGAGACACCAGUGGCUACCAGCCCAACACCAACUGAUAGUACUUCAGGAGAUUCCUCUCGGUCGAACCUUUUUGAAGAUGCAACAAGUGCACUUGUGACAGGUCAGUCUUACGAGAAUAUGGUAACUGAGAUCAUGUCAAUGGGCUAUGAACGAGAGCAAGUAAUUGCAGCCCUGAGAGCCAGUGUCAACAACCCUGAUAGAGCCGUGGAAUAUCUUUUAAUGGGAAUCCCUGGAGAUAGAGAAAGUCAGGCUGUAGUUGACCCCCCUCAGGCGGCUGGCACUGGGACUCCUCAGUCUUCAGCAGUGGCGGCAGCAGCAGCAGCAACUACCACAGCAACAACUACAACAACAAGUUCUGGAGGACAUCCCCUUGAAUUUUUGCGGAAUCAGCCUCAAUUUCAACAGAUGAGACAAAUUAUUCAACAAAAUCCUUCCCUGCUUCCAGCAUUGCUACAACAGAUAGGCAGAGAGAAUCCUCAGUUACUGCAGCAAAUUAGCCAACACCAGGAGCAUUUUAUUCAGAUGUUAAAUGAACCAGUUCAAGAAGCUGGUGGUCAGGGAGGAGGAGGAGGAGGAGGUGGCGGCAGCGGAGGAAUUGCUGAAGCUGGAAGUGGUCAUAUGAACUACAUUCAAGUUACGCCUCAGGAGAAAGAAGCUAUAGAAAGGUUAAAGGCAUUAGGAUUUCCUGAAGGACUUGUGAUACAAGCAUAUUUUGCUUGUGAGAAGAAUGAGAAUUUGACUGCCAAUUUUCUUCUACAGCAGAACUUUGAUGAAGAUUGAAAGGUACUUUUUUCUAUCUUACACAUCACACCAGUGCAUUACACUAACUUUGUUCACUGGAUUGUCUGGGAUGACUUGGGCUCAUAUCCACAAUACUUGGUAUAAGGUAGUAGAAUGUCAGGGGUGGGGAGGGAGGGAUCUAGGACAUAGGGCAGGGAUAACUACAGUGCAUGUCUGCUGCAAUUAGCAGAUGCCGCAACUCCACACAGUGUGUAAAAUACUAUACAACCAAAAAUCAGCUUUUGCAGGUCUUUAUUUCUUCUGUAAAACAGUAGGUAACUUUUCCUAGGUUUCACUCUUUUUAGUGUACUAGAUCCAGAAACUUAGUGUAAUGCCCUGCUUUAUAUUUCUUUGACUUAACAUUGGUUUCAGAAAGAAUCUUUGCUACCUAGAAUUUACAGUCUCUGUUUCAUGGCAACACUGGAUGAUGGCUUUGUGAAAUUUUAAAAAAUUUUAUAGCAUCUGUAAACAGAAAUGCCAAAUUAUUGAUGGUUACUUGUUGCUGCUUCAACAAAUAAUUAUAAAAUUAAUGUUAAGGAAGCCCAUUCUUUCAUGUUAAAUACUUGGGGUGGGAGGGCAGAAAGGGAACCUUUCCUUAAGAUGAAAAUAAUUACUGCUAUUUUAAAAUUUCUUGAUCACUGAGGAUGACCCUUCUAACAUGAUUUGAAAAGCUGUACCAGAAUAGGCAGAGCUAUUUUCCUGUUUACAUUUUUUUUGUUUUGGGGCGGGGAGGCAAAAUUGGUAGGUGUAUCUAAUUACUGUUUACUUCAUUGCUAUAUUGCAGUAAAAGUUUUAAAACAACCAUUGCAUGUUUGCUUUCGAUGUAUCCCUUUGUACAAUUAGCACUUUGGGGGCCAAUGGAGAAGUGCAGCAUUUACUCUCCCUUUCUUCCCCUUCCCUCAGCACAAGUGUGUUUAUCAGCAAGGUGUGAGUCAAACUUCUACCCUUUUUUUAAAAACACAAAAUGCCGAUUCAGUUCAAAAUUAAUGCAAAUGUUUCAAAACUGGGUUUCUUAUGUUUGUAAAUGUUUUUCUUUAUUAGAUAAGAGUAUAUUACCAUUAAAGUCAUUAGAACUAUAUUGUUUUCAAAACGAGAAAGUGGACAAAACUAUAAUCCAGCAUCUUUUACUACAUUGGAAAGACUGAUGAAAUCUCUUGGAAGGGUGGGGAGAUGUGGCUGGAAAAGUACUUUGGAAAAUAUACAAUCAAGUUAUCUCAUGGCAUAUUAAAAGAAAACUCUUAAUAGCAGUGUUGGCUUUUAUUUGGACUUUUUUCAUCUCAAUUUUUUCUUUAGAAUACCCUUUAUAAGCAUUGUUAUUUGGUUAUAACGGGGCAGAUUUCUGGUUGUUCAGUUUUUCAAAUCUAUUUUUGUGAAUAUAAACGAGACUAUUUAAAGAAAUUUUUU